UAUGGACUCUGCAGGCUCCGUUGUCUCUGUGGCACCUCAGCUUCUCAUCCAGAGCGCUGGUUCCCGGAGCUCGGAAUGUUCCCGGAACUCAAUAACCUUCUCAACAUCUCCCCUGACAGGGCGGAGCAGGCAAGAUGUCGCGUGGUCCAGAAGGGGGCAGUCCAGGGAGCGUAGCUGCAGACUGCAUCCGGGACGCCGCGCACAUGACCCGGGGAAACUGACUCUACUCUGUGAUGCAAAGACAGAUGGCAGUUUCCUUGUGCACCACUUUCUCUCCUUCUACCUUAGAGCUAACUGUAAAGUCUGCUUUUUGGCACUUGUCCAGUCCUUCAGCCACUACAAUAUUGUGGGACAGAAGCUGGGUGUCAGCCUGACUGUGGCACGGGAACGUGGACAACUUGUGUUCCUUGAGGGUCUCAAAUCCUCCAUGGAUGUCUUCUUCCAGGCUCACAAGGAACCACACCCCUUGCAAUUUCUCAGGGAGGUCAAUGCUGGGAACCUGCAGCCACUGUUUGAGUUUGUGAGGGAGGCCCUGAAGCCUGUGGAUAAUAGAGAGCCUGCGUGGAGGUGCCCAGUACUGCUGGUGGAUGAUCUCAGUUUGCUUCUGAGCCUGGGCGUGGGGGCAGUGGCUGUGCUGGACUUUGUUCACUAUUGCAGAGCCACUGUGUGCUGCGAAUUCAAGGGUAAUGUGGUGGCCCUUGUGCAUGACAGUGGAGAUGGUGAGGACGAGGAGAAUGACAUCCUUCUGAAUGGCCUCAGUCAUCAGAGCCACCUGAUCCUGCGAACUGAGGGCCUGAGCACCGGCUUCUGCAGGGACGUACAUGGGCAGCUGAAGAUCCUGUGGAGGAGGCCAUCACAGCCCACAGCCCAGCGGGAUCGGAGCCUCAUUUACCAGUAUAAGAUACAGGACAAGAAUGUGUCCUUUUUCGCCAAAGGAAUGUCUCCUGCUGUUCUGUGACCUGAUUUAGGGGAGCUGAAGCUACCUUGGACUGUUCUCGGAUGUAGAAGAUAAAGCAACCUGGCAGGAAUGGGUCUUGACACCUUUGUAGUAGUAUUUCAGGCUGAGCUGGCAACUCUGCUGUAACUCAGGGAGGGUUGAAUGGUGCAAUGAUAGUAUGUAAGCCUUUGCUCCUCUGGGCCCUGUUCAGAAACAAUGAGGAAUGCAUGACCCUGCCCCUGCAGAGAGAGAGGCUGGAUGUUGAACUACAGCAAAAGGGUCCUUUGGAGCCUUUGUAUAAAUAUGCUUUAGCCCCAACUGCCCAUUUUUGGUCAUUCUGCCUUUUAGAGCCAGAGUGGGUGAGAAUGUGCCAGCCAGGAGAUAGUCCUGGAUGGCAGGUGUCUAAGGUGACAACUAGAAUAAUCGUGGCUAGAAUAAAGUAAAUUCCCACAUUGAGGCUUCGUGUGGGAUUUCUCUUUUAAUUUUUAUCUUCAUCCUGCAAAGAUAUUUUCCUUUCAAGUGCAGUGAAGAAAUAGGCUUAGUGAGGUUUAAAAGACCACUCAAGACUGUAGAGCAGGCUGUAGGUAAUGCAACUUGACUCUAAAGUCCACCUUCAGCUUCUGUUGCUGUGGUGCAUUGCCCACAGGCUCAUGAGUCCAGGAUGAGUCCUAGCUCUUAGUGGUCUAGCACCAGUGCCUUGGUCACAUGAAGCCCUGUAGAGGGCGCAAGUGUAUAUGGCCUUUGUGAGAGGGGUAAGGGAUGUUCUUGCUGUCAGGCAGGAUGGAAUCUGUGAGGACUGCAAGAGGUGAGCUCUUGCCCCAGCAUCCUGUAGAUGACAGCUGGUCUCACUCAGUCCUUCAGUAAAGGUCACCUCCGAGUAGACAACAGGGGUAUUUUUGGUAUGUAAAUUAUACCACAAAGAUUUUUAUCUUAAACAUAAAUAGAAGGAAAAAAUGCUACUUUGAUGUAUACUAAAGAACUUUUAGCUCUUUUGCUUUUAUUUAUUUUUUUUUUUCG